UUUUGCGUAAUUCUUUGUUUUGUUGAAGUUCUUUCCUUAAUUGUUUGAUUCACUCUGAAGCCUUAACCCGAAAAUUUCUCCUGGUUGUUGCUUUUACUGAUUCUGUUUUAGUGAGUUUUUUCGAGCAUUUUUUUUCCGUCUGAUGAGGAAGAGCGUGCGGAUCUCAUUAAGUAAAGGUGGGCGACCAAACAUAUGGGGCUUCAUAAUGUUGCAGCAUUUCUUGCUGCAGCUCUGAAUAAAAAAAAGGCACCACAUUCUCCCACUGCAUCUGGUUAAAGUGCCUGCUACUGGCUGGCGUUAGGCUCAGCAGGAUACAGAAAGCAAGCAAGCAUGAGGCUUUCCUCAUCUCUUCAAGAUCUCUCAACUUACAGUAACACUAAUAUUGAAGAUGGCCAUUGUGACCGUGCAAGUGAUACAUGCACAGCACAUCCGAAAUUUGUCUCUGCAGAUGUGCAAAGGGAAAUUGCAAGUUCAAGUUUUUCAAAGGAGAAAGGUCUACCAUCUUCCUUGUUUACAUCAAAAAAAUGGAUGGCCAUCACUACCAUGCUUUUCUGCAUUUUCUUGUUUGUUUUGUCUUUAUACAUUUGUGCAAGAUAUUUUAAUACUUUUCAAUCUCCUAGAUAUUCCCAGUACUCUAUAAUUUUGGAUAGUGGAAGCACAGGCACACGGGUCUAUGUAUAUGAAUGGUUGCCUGAUAAAAAUCGACGCCAUGGACAUCUUCCCUUGAGUAUUAAGUCCUUGCCAAAGGACCCCCAAAAAAGACCCAUCAUGAGGAAUGGUCGUGCUUAUCAUCGUAUGGAAACAGAACCUGGUUUUGAUAAACUUGUGCACAAUAUCUCAAGAUUGAAGUCUGCCAUACAUCCCCUUAUCCAGUGGGCAGAGAAACAAGUACCCAAAGGAGCACAUAGAAGCACUCCUUUAUACCUUUAUGCCACAGCAGGUCUUCGGCGGCUGCCAAGUGCUGAUUCAAAAUGGCUUUUGGAUAAUGCAUGGAAAAUUUUAAAAGGAUCAUCAUUCAUUUGUCAGAGGGGCUCAGUGAAGAUUAUCAGUGGCAUGGAAGAAGCCUACUAUGGAUGGAUAGCUCUUAAUUACAAGAUGAAGACAUUAGGUUUUGGAAAAUCAAAAUCAACAUUUGGAUCUCUAGACUUGGGUGGUUCCUCGCUGCAAGUGACUUUUGAAACUCAGGAUAUUUUGCAUGGCAGAACAAGUUUAAAUUUGAGCAUAGGAGAAGCUAAACAUCAUCUUAGUGCAUAUUCUCUUUCUGGUUAUGGCCUAAAUGAUGCCUUUGAUAAAUCUGUUGUGUUUCUUCUCAAUAAGCAUGUUAAAAGUAUCAAGAAGAAAACAAAUGACAAGAUAGCACUUGACCAUCCAUGUCUGCACACUGGUUACAGAGAACGGUAUGCAUGUCGCAGUUGUGCUGUAACUGAUCAAGGAGGGAUUCCCUUGGCUGACAGAAAAACCAUACAAAGAAAAGCAUCUGGAAUCACUGUUGAGUUGCAUGGCCUCCCAGAUUGGGAAGGUUGUGUAUCACUUGCAAAAUCAACUGUAAAUUUGUCUGAGUGGUUCCAUGUUACUGCUGGCAUGGAUUGUUCAAAGAAACCUUGUGCUCUGACUGACGAUCUACCACAGCCUUUUGGGCAGUUUUUUGCAAUGUCUGGAUUUUUUGUAGUCUUCAAAUUUUUUAAUUUAACCUCCAAAGUUUCUCUAAAUGAUGUGAUGCUGAAGGGCCAUGAGUUCUGCAGUAAAACAUGGGAAGUUGCUAAAAACAGUGUGGCUCCACAACCAUUUAUAGAGCAGUAUUGUUUCCGUGCACCUUACAUUGUUUCACUUUUGAGGGACGGCCUUCAUAUAGAUGAUAACAGAAUAAGUAUUAGUUCUGGUAGCAUCACUUGGACACUAGGUGUUGCUCUAACAGAAGCUGGAAAGAUUUUGUCAAGACCAACUGAUUUUCAGGGAUAUUCUGUCUUUCCUCAGAAGUUUAGCCCAGCCAUUCUAAUUACUAUUAUGUUUAUAUCACUGGCGGUGAUUGUUGCUCUCAUAUGCUAUACUGGAAAAGGAGAUUCAAGAUGCUUUCAUGGAUCAUAUCUACCACUAGCUCUUGGGCUAUCUGGUGAUGGAAGAGUGAAAACGCCACUAAGUCCCACUGCUGCUGGACCUGAAGAACUGCGAUUUGGAAAAUCACAUGGUUUAAGCAAUGCAAACAUUAGCCUCAUUGAGUCACUGCCAUGUAGAUCAAUACAUGGAGUUGCACAUAGCUUUUCCACUAGUAGUUUGGGACAGAUGCCGCUAGAGAAUAAUGGUAGACCUGUCUGGUUACCUCAUCGAAGUCAAAUGCGGUUUCAGAGUAGACGAACACAGUCAAGGGAAGACCUUAGUUUCUCAUUUGCUGAGGCUCACAUGGGAAUGGUGUAAUAGAUGUCUGCAGAGCACUUCUACUUUGGUAUGGUCUGUGCAGUUUCACAUUUUGAUAAAAAAUAGUGGAGAAAAUUUCCACAUUAAUCCUUGCUUUCUUUACUUUUAUUGCACCGAGUCACAUUCUUUCUGUACAUGAUAUUCCUUCCGUAAUUCUAAGCAAAUCAAUUUUC